GUUCUCGCUGCAAUUUCAUGGCGCUGAGACCCCCUGUCCAAAGAAAUCAUUGUCUUCGAAUAAGGUUUCUCGCGGCUAUAUUAUUUCUCUCAGCGCAUUAUUCUGCAAACACGUGCCAACAGGACCCGGCGAAUAAUUACACCUCCCCGGUUUACACAACACGGCAAACUUUCCCCUUUCGUUCCGGCUGGGUCUCACCGGUUCGCGUACCAGGUGCGCAAGUAGUUUCACACUGAAGGGCAGUUAUGUCGGGAAUCAAAAGGAGGAUUGAAGACAAAGACCCAGACUAUGAAGACAUAUCAGUUGUGCACCAGAACAAGCGACAUAAAGUCUUGGAGCAGAAUGCUCGGGAAGCGACGGUACAGAAAAUUGAAGCCAUCAUAAAGGAUCAGUUCUCCCUCGAAAUGAAGAACAAAGAACAUGAGAUCGAGGUGAUUGGGCAGCGUCUUAAUGAAGCCAGGAGAAUGAUGGACAAGUUGAGGGCCUGCAUUGUGGCCAACUACUAUGCUAACGCGGGCCAGCCAAAGGUCCAAGAGCAGUCUGCCAAGAGCGACCCCUCGGUCUUCAACCACCCCGCCAUCAAGCGGUUCCUGGAGUCCCCCUCGCGCUCCUCCUCUCCUCUCAACCAGGGCUCGGAGACGCCCUCCCUGGUGCAGUCGGAGACGGAGUCCCUGUCCCAGCUGGGCGAGGGCCUGGAGCGCGAUGGGGAGGGUGGCUGGAGGGACGAGUCCGGCCGUCCGGAGCGCAGGCCCAGCCGGAACACAGGGAAGGACACCUUUGGUGUUGCGGUCCCUCGUGACGGAGACCAGCGAUUCACCUUUCACACCACGGGAGAAGACUCCUCCCGCCUCUACGUGAAAAAGACCAUCAUUGUGGGAAACGUGUCCAAGUACAUCCCCCCGGAUAAGAGGGAGGAGAACGAUCAGUCCACACAUAAGUGGAUGGUGUAUGUCAGGGGCUCCAGGAAGGAGCCCAGCAUAGACCACUUUGUCAAGAAGGUCUGGUUCUUCCUGCACCCCAGCUACAAACCCAAUGACCUUGUGGAAGUCAGCGAGCCUCCCUUCCACCUGACCCGUCGUGGUUGGGGAGAGUUCCCCGUCCGUGUCCAGAUCCACUUCAAGGACCCCCGCAACAAACGCAUCGAUAUCAUCCACCACCUAAAGCUGGACAGAACGUACACGGGCCUACAGACGCUCGGUGCAGAAACGGUUGUGGAUGUGGAGCUACACAGAAACUCUCUGGGGGAAGACUUGGUCCCCUUCCCCUGCUCCUCGUCUUCCCUGCGGACAAAUUCCGCCCAACCUCCUGCGCCCUCCUCUGGCCCCGUACAGACCCCUGGGACCUCCGGCCGGCUACCCACUUCUCCCAUACGCCUCACUCAGGAUGCCCACAGCAUCUUAGAGAAAGGCUGCCCCGUCAAGACCGAGGCCGGCCGAUCCUCCGCCUACGACCCCCUCUCCCUGGAGCGCACGCCGUCCCGGCCCAAAGUCACGGAGAAGAUCACGCUUGGCUCCCACGGCAACUCCGCUUUCCAGCCAAUCACGGCUAGCUGCAAGAUCGUCCCGCAGGGGCAGGUGCCCAGUCCUGCGGAGUCCCCCGGGAAGUCGUUCCAGCCAAUCACCAUGAGCUGCAAGAUUGUUUCAGGCUCCCCCAUCUCCACCCCCAGCCAUUCGCCCCUCCCACGAACCCCCACCUCCACCCCAGUGCACACAAAGCAGGGCGCCUCUGUCAUCAACAACCCCUACAUCAUUGUGGACAAGCCUGGGCAGGUCAUCAGCAUGGCUUCUGCUGCUGCUGCUGCCGCCUCAGGAAGCCCUACAGCCAAGCAGACUACUGCCCAGGGCCAGGGCACGAGGUCUCCAGCCCCUAAAAUGCACGCUGGCAGCUUCCUGUCAUCUGGGGUGAAGGUCAUCAUAAAGCAGGAGCCGGGGGAAGUCCUCUCCCAGCACCAGCCACAGCAGCAGCACCAGACGCAGCAAAUGCUGGUUUCCACGGCAACGCCCCAGCAGCCGGCCGGCCAGCAGUUUGUCGCAGUGAAGGGCGGUCACAUGAUCGCCGUGUCGCCUCAGAAGCAGAGUGCCAGCGCCCCGGGGGCCACGGCCAGCAAGGUGGUGGGCAUCCCGAUGGGCUCGGCCCUGCAGUCAGCGGUUAAGCAGGUGGCCAUCAGCAGCGGGCAGAUCCUGGUCGCCAAGUCCAACCCAAACGUCUCCAAGGUGAUGGGGCAGAAGCAGGUGAUCACCCAGGGCGUGGCCAAAGCCAUCGUCAGCGGGUCCAGCAUCGUGGGUCAGCAGGUGCACACCGUCACCAAGGCAACAAGCUCGUCUACGGGAACCACCAAGACCGGUCAGGGCUCAGUUAUGGCUACGCUCCAGCUGCCGGCGAACAACCUGGCUAACCUGGCCAGCCUACCUCCGGGCACCAAGCUCUACCUGACCACCAAUAGCAAGAACCCCUCCGGCAAAGGCAAGCUGCUGCUCAUCCCCCAGGGGGCGAUAUUGCGCGCCUCCAACCCCUCAGGCCAGCAGACUCAGAGCACCUCCUCUCUGAGCACGGGGAGCUCCCAGACCACGCCCAGCACCUCCACCAGCACCAGCACCACCAGCAGCGCCCUGCCCUCCAACCUGUCCUACACCUCCUACAUCCUCAAACAGACGCCCCAGGGAACGUUCCUGGUUGGCCAGCCCUCGCCGCAGGGCGCGGGGAAGCAGGGGGCGAGCUCGGCCAGUCACAGCGCGUCGUCCCCAGCAACCAUCACACAGCAGGCCAUCCGGGUCACCGCCGGGCAGAAGGCCGCCAUCCUCGCCCAGGUGGUGGGCGGGUCCCAGGCUUCCCAGGUCAAGCUGUCUGAUGGGUCGGUGAAGACGGUGACGGCGGCGGGGCACCUGUCCAAACCCGGCACCACCACCCUGAGGAUGACGGGGGGCGUCAUCACCGCCGCCAGCACCAGCGUCGCCCCGGCGACCGUCGCCAUGGCGGGCUCCGCCCAGCAGAUCGCGGAAGGUUCCGGGCUCGGCGGGUGCCCCUCAGUCCCGGGCUCCAAGCCCGUGGUCCAGCACCCGGUCCUGAUGCCGGCCAGCCAGGCGGCAGUGCUCAACGCAGCCAAAAGCGCCAGCGCCCAACCCGCAACCGCAGUGGUUAAAAGCUCCGCCCCCUCCUCCCUGGUCUCCGUGACGACCGUGGCCAAGAGUGUCAACAUGCCCGUCAUCAGCCUGGCCAAAGGCUCGGGUGUGGUGGGCAUGCCCAAGAGCGCCAGCCCCUCCCUGGUCACCGCCGCCUCCCUGGUCAGCAGCGGGAGCACUGUGAGCGCCAAAACCGCUGCCACCCUCUCAGGAAUGCUGAAGAUCCACUCUGGCCACACCAGCAAUCAGCAGACUGUGCUCACCAUCCCCGCUAACCAGCUGAAGCAGCUGGGGGUGGGCAGCUCCAGCGGGGGGGUCCAGACCAUCCUCAUGCCCGUCAGCAAAGUGGUACAGACCAGUUCAGCCACUAAGGCCACAACCAUCAUCACCACCACCACCACCACCACCACCAGCAGUGGAGCUCCUGUACCCCCCAGCGCCACCGUACAGAUCACCUCCUCAUCCUCUUCCUCACCUUCCGCUGCUCAGGUGAAGACCGAGCCCGGAGUUGUGGGACCCACCAAUGGCGCAGCCCCCCUGCCCCAGGGCACCACCCCUUCUCCCCUGGCAACAACCCCAGCCCCCACCCCAGUCCCUGUUCCGCCCCCCGCUGCGGUCAAAGUGGAGCAGGGGACAGAGACACAGCACGACCUCAUCAACACUGAGCACGUGGAAAACCUGCUGCAGCUCCUAACAGCGGUGGUGAAGAGGUUUCCUCUCAUCGUAGCAGAGAAAACCGAGAACUCCCACCCCUUCUGCGCGGAGUCCCUGGAGCAGUUCUACUCCUGGAACAUCGGGAAGCGGCGGGCAGCCGAGCUGCAGAGGGCGGUGGCGGUGAAGCGGGUGGUGCAGGAGGUUCUGGACAAAGCGCCGCGCCUGCAGGCCAUCACCCCGCCCAAGACCAAGGAGGUGGUGCAGUGGUGCCGGCAGCGCGGCUACACCCCCCCCGACCCCGAGCAGCGCCGCAGUGAAGAGGACUCCAUCGAGGACAUCCUGACCCAGAUCGACAGCGAGCCCGAGUGCCCGUCCACCCUGCAGGGUGCGGAGGAGCUGUGCCAGCGCCUGGAGGCCCUGCAGAAGCUGCUGAAGACGGAGCCCACGGAGGAGGACGAGCCGCUGGACAUCGUCAGCCUCUGGACCCCCCCCGCCAGCGUCCAGGUCAAGCAGGAGGGCGAGGAAGCCGAGCAGGAGCCCAAAUUCUACCUGGCCCCCUCCCCGUCCAGCCACUACGUCAGGGACUCCGCCCAGCAGAUCGGAGUCUCGUUCCAGCCGGUGGAGGUGGAGAAGAACGUUUAUGCUCCUGUGGUGGAGGAAAUGGUUCUCAAGGCUACGGAGCAGUUUGCCAGUGAGAUCCUGAGAGAAGCUCUUGCUGGUGCCUAUCAGAAAUCACCCCAGAACAGAGUGCCCAGAGAAAUCACAGCUAUGGACAUCCACCAGGCCGCCAGCAGCAUUCCCACCUGCGACUUCCUCACCAACAAGUACAUGGGCUUCCUGUUGAGGGACGGUGGCCAUGAUGACUGAGGGAGGGGCAGCCCCCCGUUACCACGGUAACCCCGGCCCUCGGGUCACACGGACAGGCUAUUCAGUGGCCCUGAGCAGUCGAGGGGUUCGCAUGAUGUCAUACAGGAAGCCAUGUUUGUGGGAAGCCAACCCAGGCUGUAGAUGCAAGAGGAGCCCAGUUCCAAACGCGUUGGAACGCAUUCCACAGGAACAUUUGCGCAAGCUCACGACGCCGCACGCCGAUCUCUUCCCUUGAGACGAAGCUUUUCAGUGUUCUCUCGCCCCAUUGCUGUUUCUCCGUGCAGGCAAGAAAUGGGCCUCGGACUACUAGAACACUAAUGUCCAGGAGGAUGAACUUCCAGUAUCUCUCCCACCACCCUCCCUUUUCAAAACGACACUCUCUUGUAUCUCUAUUCACUCCCUCCACCCUUUGUUCUCUCCCCUCCAUUUCUCUCCACUCCGUCUGCCUCUCUUUCUCAGCCGGCACCGCUACACUUAAAUGCUGAGGAGACGGUAAUCGUCUCAGUCCGUAUGAUUAGUGAACCGUUUUUUUUUUUUUUUUUUUGUGAAAUCGAGAAGCGGAAAGCAGAAAAGCGCAGAUGCUGCAAACUGAGGCUGAGCGGACCUGCCGCAUACUUCUGAACAAUCAAAUGACCCCCCCCCCCCAUGAGGCUCUGUGAGCUCGAUUGUCUCAGUAUUGAUCUACACACUGCCUUCAGCUGCUUCACUUUAUCCAUCUCGUACGGCGCUAACAGGAAAUGAAGGAUGCCCUUGUGCGGCGAAACGAGGCUCCUAGCUCCCCAGUAUUUCUCCACCGCCUGCCAGAGCAGUGUCUUCAUGCGGUAUGGAAGUCAGAGCUCAUCUUUCACGCUGGGAAACGAAUGUCGAUGUUCGGAGAAGGCGACGCUUUUUCGAUUUCUGCUGUCCAGAGAGCCUUUGGCUGUCCCUUUUAUAAAUGACCCGCCCCACUCAUUUUUCUUCCUCGGGUGUUCCGCUCGCUCCUCAGAGUUAGCGAGUAAUAUUAUUUCACCCUCACUAACACGGUAAAGUGUCAGUCAUAUCCCUGGUGCGCUUGGCAUUAGCCUGGUCUUGAACGUUCAUUGCACCUCAGUGUUGUAGUACAGGAUGAGUGGGCUUGGAGUGCUCUUAAAGUGCUUUGUCUGCAGCCCGGAAGGUGCAUCACAUGACCACCAUCUUUAGCUACCAUUGGCUAAUGCAGGAACAGUGGUUCAGGGUCUGCCAUUCGACAUUUUUUAGUUUGCUUGUGGUCCAAACCACACUGCAAAGAAAGCCCACAGUCUUAAUUCAGUGUAGAUUUUACUUUAAUGAAGAGAGCCAUAAAAUCUGGAGUUUUAAGAAGCGCUCUUCACUAAGUAAUGUGCUUUGGCGUCUGUGCUUUGUGAGAUAUUUAAGGAAGUAUUACUUUUUUUAAAUAUACCAACUGGCAGUCUGAUAGUAGAAAUGUGAGAAAAAGUAAGAAGAAUAUUUAAAAAUAUUGGCAGAGCAUUUUUGCAGUCGGUUUGAAUCUGAGCUAUCUUCUUGGCAUCUCAGGAGAGAAAGUAACCAACACUCCAGUAUGUUUCUGGAAUAUUCUAAAUGCGUGCACCCAAAAAGGGUGGGAGAUAUAUAAUGGUGGCGGUGAUAGUCUACAACCGGUUUCACUUCAAUUUAAUGAAUUCAAAUUUAAGAGAGUUCUUGGUGUCAUCACGCACAAAGCUUGACGACCUGGCGGCAGGCUUUUCAGUGCUAUCUGUACUUGACCACGACCCUCAUUUGGAACUGAAGUGAUUUUGCCCGUCUGACCAAAUUUUAUGUAUUGUAGAAUUCUUCUGACCAUUGUAUUUUAAUUUCUAAUGUACACCAAAAGACUUGGAUGGAUAUUCUUGUAUUAAAAAUGGAAAACAUUGCAAAA